AUGCUUGACAAUUUUAUAAAAAUUCUUAUCAUCUUACUAAGUUUAUUUACUAAUUUUAUAUCUGUCAACGGAUCUUCAACAAAAUUACGAAGUUGGGAUGAUGUUUAUGGUUAUGAUGCUAUAUGGAAUUCACCUGGGGAAAAGGAAUAUACAUUAAAUGAAAGAACUUUAAAUAAUAAUGCAUCUAAAUACAUUCAAAGUAAAAAUAAACAAACGAAGCUGAAAAAUCAAGGUUUUGCUGAUAAUUUAAUGCUAAUCGAUGGUGCAUCAAAAAAUGAAGGUACUGUAUUAGUUAAUCGACAUGGCAAAUGGGGUACAAUAUGCGACGAUAACUGGACAUUGAAAGAAGCAAAUGUAAUAUGUCGUAUUCUAGGCUUUCCAUAUGCUUUACAAGCUACAACAAGAGAUUAUUUCUUUUCUAAUGGCGAAUAUGAUUACUUACUGGAUGAUGUCUAUUGUAAAGGAACUGAAUCCUAUUUAAAUGAAUGUGUUUAUUGGACAGAACAUGAUUGUUUAAAACGAGAGGAAGCUGGUGUUAUUUGCCUUAAUCCUGAACCAAUUAAAUGGCAAUAUAAUGUUAGGAAUCCUCAAAUUGAAAAAUUGUCUAUUACUGAUAUUAAAAGGAUGAAACAGCUAAUAUUUUGGUCUGAGCUGGAAACAUUUGAAGCAGUAAUCUUUUUAUUGUCAAGGCUAGAGUUCCACAAGUUUCGUGGAGCUGAAGCAAAUGUAGCAUGUCGAAGCAUGGAUUAUUCAUUUGCUUCAUCAUAUUCUUCAGUUCCACUGAAGAACGUGAAGACUUUUACCAUACCUUAUCCGGUUGUACGAAUCGGGCAUUGUUUUGGAAAUGAAUCAAAAUUAGAAGAUUGUGUUGCAUUCACUGAUCCAAACGGAGUACCAUGUUCAAAUAAUAGUUUGGGAAUAGUAGUAAACUGUUCAACAGUUUUAGCUGAUUUGGAACCAGAUGUUAAAGCAUUGGAAUCUUCAGCUUACAGUAGUAUGAUUCCUUUAUUUCAAGCACAAUGUGCUUUAGAAGAAAACUGCUUUCCUCCGAGUGUUUAUAAUUUGAUUAACAGAAAUCGACAUUUAGCGUUGAUGCAUAUGCGUCGUUUAUUGCGUUUUUCUUCAAUUAUACACAAUGUUGGAACUGAUGUCUUUCGUCCACAUGAACCGCCUGAACGAUGGGUAUGGCAUGCAUGCCAUAUGCAUUAUCAUAGUAUGAAAGUAUUUUCUUAUUAUAAAGUUAUCAAUGCAAAGCAACAGAUUAUGGCUGUUGGUCAUAAAGCUAGUUUUUGUCUAGAAGAUAAUGCUUGUAAAAAUGGAUAUAAAAAACAUUUUGUUUGUUCAACCACACUAGUAACACGUGGGGAUCAAGGUAUUAGUCCUGGAUGCCAAGAUAAUUAUUUCCACGAUUAUGAUUGUCAAUGGUUAGAUAUUACCGAUCUAAUUCCAGGUGAAUAUACAUUUCAAUUGAUUUUAAAUCCAGACUUCUUAGUACCCGAAAUUACUUACAAGAACAAUGCCAUAGAAUGUCGUCUAUCUAUAGGACAUACAAAUCAUCAUUAUGCCGCAUUAUCGAAGUGCUAUUUGGUACAUCCGUAUGAUUUGUGA